AUGAUGCCCUUGCUUAUACUUAUUUUGACACCUUUAUCCACCGCGGAACCAUGCAAACCAAUUCAUGCACAAGCCCACGGAGUAAAUUUGGUGUGUUGUUCAUUGAAUCAAUCGCUAAUUCCCAGCUGCGAAUAUUCUUCAUUAUGCCGUGAUAUUUGCACAUGUUCACUAACUAUUAGCCGAGAUUUGGAUUGCAUUCAAUCAUCAAAUUCCAUCACCGAGCCUUAUGAAUGGAAAGAUCAUCAACCAAAUUCAGUGCCUUUGGAAUGUAAUAAACCAAAUCUUCCAAACGCUGAAGCUCCGUACUCUAUUAUGGUUGAGAAUGCGGAUGGGAGCGCCGCCUAUAAUUUUCUUUUGGGUGCCUGCAAUGCAAACGUCACAUCUAUUACAUUCCAAGACUACAAUCAACUUUUUGACACAAUCGACUUUUCAGCAUGCUUUCCGAACUUGAUGUCGUUUCAAAUAGUAUUAUUGCAAAGAAAACAGGCGAUUUUCACGAAAUCAUUGAAAAGUCUUCAAAAUCUUGACACGUUAUCUUUAGUGAACAUUGAUUUUGAAUUCUGGCAUCAGACACCGGCAUUCAGCGACAAAAUAACCUAUCUCCAUGUGGAAAACUCGUCAAUGUCGGAAAUUCCCAAAUGGUUGGCCAAAUGCGGUCAAUUAAAGACUGUGUAUCUCAAGAACACUCGAGCAUCAUCUCUCACAGCUUUUGCUCAACUUCCAAGAGUUCGCUUCCUCAAACUCUCACACAAUUUGUUCGCCAAUCUUCAUCAUCAUGUUUUUGCUUCUCCAGACCUUAUUCACGUGGAUUUAAGCGAAAAUAGAAUCGGCACAUUAGCAACUCACACGUUCGCAAAAUGCACAGAAAUUCGAGUUAUGGAUUUAUCGGGGAAUCCAAUAAAAAUGUUAUCCUACAAAUCAUUUGCAAAAAAUUCAAAAUUGAAAUGGUUAAAGCUGAGCAGAACAAAUAUUACGAAUUUAACACCGGACCAUUUUCAUGGACUGACAUCAUUAAAAACGCUGUCAAUGUCAAAAGUGCCAUUGCAAUCAAUUUCGAACUACGCAUUCCUUCCGUUGAAAUCGCUUAGGUACCUCGACUUGGAUUCAUGCAAUCUCACAAGAAUCCCACAUGCCGUCACAUUCAAUUGCCAUUUGACGCGCUUAAACGUGGCUAACAAUCUAUUUCAUCGAAGUUCAAGUUUACCGCCGGAGGUUCUUUCAGUUCUCAGUGGCCUUGCCCAACUCCGACUUGAUGGAAAUCCACUUACUGAAUUCCCGCCGUCCCUUCUAUUGAUUUCACGCGAGAAUAUGAGACUUCUUCGGCAUUUGCUGCAUACGAGCAUGACAUUGCCCAUGUGGAGCAUGGAGCCAUGCACGCCUUAUUACUGGGCGAUGCAUAUAACAAACAGGACGACGACUUUACGAAGCUUCCUAGCGCAGUACGAUGAGACCAAAAUGAAAAAAAGAGGAUUCGGAUAUUGCAAGGAUCAAUUUGAAUGGAUUAUGGAACAGAUGGAUAUAUACAGAGAGCUUGAGAAGACAAACGGAUGUACCACGCAGCGAAGAUUGCGAUCAUCGCACAACUUCCAAAAAGAGACCACCACAAUUAAACCAGAGGUAUUAAGCCACAAAAUUGAUAAUAUUUAUGAGCCACACUUUCAAACAAUCCCACAACUUUUACUUGCUUCCCUUAUUGGUAAUCUCCUUUUAAUUUUCACGCUUUUGAUAUGUUUGUGCAUGGCUUGUGCCUGUAAUAGUAGCAAAAGAGAAUAA